AGGUUGUAUAGAUUAUACAAUUGACAAUUUAUUGAUAAUUGACGUAAAAAUGUGAAAUGUGGUCAAUGUGGAAACUGGAAAGGAAUGUCGUUACUCGUUAGUCGUUACUCAUGUCUCGUGUCCCGUUUACUACUAUACUCUUAACUCGUUAAACGUUACGUAAGUACUGUCCGACAUUGACCACUUGGAAAUCACAUUAUGACGAGUGACGCUGAUCCAAUCUAAAUAUUGAACUUACCUGUUCAGUGAUGUUGAUUAUGAUUUAGUUGGCGUGAGAUACUCGUGAUGAUAAUCGGUUUAAGUGCUGUGACACUGAAUUUCGUUAAAAAUAAAUAAAUAAAUAAAUAUUAUGUAAACCUUUUUGUGUUAAAUCAAUUUAAUUGUUUAUGUGAUGAUUAAACCCGACGAAUAUUAAUUAUAGUAUUGUUGAAGGUUUUUUAAUCAACGUUUUAGCCUGCAGAUACAUAAAUGUAAAAUGUCUGCCUUUCCACAAGUUGAGGGUUAUCAAAUAAUUAAAAAUAUUGGAAAAGGAAGCACGUCGACUGUGUAUCUAGCUCACGUAAAGGAGAAAAUCAAAAAUAUGGUUGCAAUAAAAGUUAUAGAACGCAGUAAAUUGUCUAAGAGUGCCGAGGACGCUGUAGUAACUGAAAUAGGGGUGAUGAAGAAAUUUAAACAUAAACACAUUGUUCAAAUGAUUGACUUUAUAUGGGACCGUAAAAAUAUUUACAUUAUAUUGGAGCAUUGUGAUGGUGGUGAUUUGUCAACAUUUAUUCAACAACGCAAAAAACUAUCUGAAAAAAUAUGCCGUAAAUUCAUGCAACAAUUAGCCUUGGCUUUGCAGUUCCUAAGAUCUCAUAAUGUUUGUCAUCUUGAUCUUAAACCACAAAAUCUACUCUUAAUGAGGUCACCACAACUAACUUUGAAAGUUGGAGAUUUUGGCUUGGCAAAUUUUAUGAGUGAAAAAACUCAAAUGGAAAAUAUUCGUGGUUCACCUCUAUAUAUGGCUCCUGAAAUGUUACUACUCAACCGAUAUGAUGUUAAAGCAGAUCUAUGGUCAGUUGGAGUGAUUGCUUAUGAAUGUAUAUAUGGACAUGCUCCGUACGCUUCAGAUUCUAUAAAAGACUUAUGUGAGAAGGUUAAAAGAGUACCAAUAGAAAUACCACCUAAUCAAGUCAGUCCAGAGUGUAGAGAUUUAUUACUAGGUCUACUCAAACACAAUCCAUCUGAGCGUAUGAGUUAUCACCAGUUUUUUAAACAUCCAUUUGUAGACUUAGAUCAUAUGCCUUCUACCGAAUCAUAUGCUAAAGGACUUGAAGCUAUUCACCAGGCAGUAAAACUAGAUUCUGAAAAGCAAUAUAAAGCUGCAUUUAAUAAAUAUUGCACAGGUCUGCAGUAUUUAAUUCCUUGUUGUAAAAACGAACCUGAUAAAAUUAAAAAAGAAGCAUUUCAAAUCAAACUGAAUGAGUACACUAAGCGUGCUGAAGAAUUGAAAGCCACUUUAUAUGUUUCAAAGAUCAAAAUUAGUAGUGAAGAAAAAUCAGAAAACACUUCAACAUCAUAUGAUGAUGACCAUUAUCCGACAUUAACAUCGUUAUGUCAAAACACACCUCAAUUAGCUAAUGCUGUUGAGAUUGCACUAUCUGGUCAAAUGUAUCUAGUUGAAGGACAAUAUGAAGCAGCUGUCGAGAAGUAUAAAAUUGGUUUAAAUUUGUUGGAAAAGCUUUUGGAAAAAGAACCUCCGGGCAUCCGUUAUAAUUUACUUAUCAAACAGGUGAGUGAUUGGACAAGUCAGUGUGAAAAUGCUAGGUCAUUAUUACAAUCCAAGGAAGACAAAGGCAAUGAUCAACCCGUCGAUGUUCCAGAUGGAUUUUCACCAAUAUCCAGAGGUAAUUGCCUGUUAAUGAGUUGCACAUGUUUGAUUUUAUGUGUUGGCAUUGUUAGUAUGUCAAACUUGAAAUUAUUUUAGUCAAGUUAAAUUUAAUUUAUAGUAUGUGAAUUACGAGGGUACAACAGUAACAAUUUAAAAAAUGUUUGAUGUAUGAUUUGUUUUUUAAUAAUAUUUUGUGAAAUUCAAAUUUAAGAAUUUUAAAUAUAUUUCAACAUUUAAAGAAAGUUAUUUAUAGUUUCCAUAACAGUAUAACCUUUGAUUUUUGCAUAGUCACAUCAUUUUUACUACACGUUUUGGUAUUUUAACAUAUUUUUCUGGUGAAUAGCCUCAUAUUUAUCUUAAUACAAUCAGUAAUAAAGUUAUAACUUUAAUGUUACCCUAACCAUGAUGCUAAAUGAUUACGAUCAA